AUGACUGAAAAGACCGGCGAGGACGGAGAGUCCAACCAAAAGUACCCGCCAUCAGGGCUCGCUCAGCAUGCAACGCACCCCACGUUCAGCCCUCGCGAAACAGCAGUGAACGCGAAGCUGAACGAAAAUCAAGAAGAUCACGAAAAACGGGUACCAGAUCCCUUGUCCACUCCUUCCGAGCCACCAAGUGCUACGAAACCUACCGUUAGCCAACAAGAUGGCGGUGCCUACGCCUGGACGCAGGUGUUUCUCGGUCAUCUGGCGCUUUUCAACACUUGGGGUUAUAUAAACUCCUUCGGCGUUUUCCAGGAGCAUUACACGCGCACCCUGCAUCGGGCGCCCUCCGAUAUCUCCUGGGUCGGAAGUUUGCAGAUAUCAUUACUCUUUCUGGUUGGCACCGUCGGCGGCCGCGCCAUGGAUGCAGGCUACUUCAAGGCGGUCUUUAUGACCGGCUCGUUUCUGCAGGUCUUGAGCGUCUUCAUGACCUCCAUCUGCAAGACGUACUGGCAAAUCCUUCUGGCCCAAGGCCUGUGUAACGGCCUAGGCAAUGGUCUGGUCUUCUGCCCCUCUUUUGCGUUGCUUGGAAGGAUCUUCUCCAAGAAUCGAGCCCUGGCGAUUGGAGUCGCGGCCACAGGCUCGGCCACUGGCGGUGUUGUCAUUCCAAUCAUUGCCCAGCGCCUGCUACCGAGGAUUGGAUUUGGAUGGACGAUGCGGGUGAUUGGUUUUGUAAUGCUAUCCACCAUGUGUCUCACAGUGCCGUUCUUCAACUCUCGACAACCGCCUCGCCGGACUGGCCCGCUGGUUGAGUGGGCUGCCUUCCGAGAACCUCCCUACCUGCUUUUCGCCAUCUCCGUGUUCUUCACUUUUUGGGGCUUGUACUUCGCCUUUUACUACGUCGGUAUGUUCUCUAGGGACAUAUUAGGUGCUUCGCAAAGCACGUCCAUCACCAUCCUCGCGAUCAUGAACGGACUGGGUCUCCCAGGCCGAAUUAUUCCUGGCUUCGUCGCCGAUAGAUACCUGGGCUCUUUGAACAUGUUUAUACCUUUUGUGUUCGCGUCCGCGAUACUACUCUACUGUUGGGCUGCGGUGGACAGUCUCGGUGGAGUCUAUCCCUUCGCGGUGAUUUACGGCUUCUUUGCCGCUGGUAUCCAGUCUCUGUUCCUUGCUUCCCUUAGCAGCCUUACAACCGAUUUGACUAAGAUGGGGACAAGAAUGGGGAUGGUUCUGAGUAUUUUAAGCAUAGUCACGCUCACAGGCUCUCCAUUAGCAGGAGCGUUGAUUCAAAGGAAGGAUGGUGACUACCUAUAUGCCCAGAUGUUUGCUGGGUCCUCCAUGGCGGUGGGGCUCCUGACUCUCCUGAUGGCUCGUGUUGCAAAGACUGGAUACCAUGUGAGGAUCAAGGUGUGA